GUGGUCCACCUCUACAUGUUUUCUGACUUCUCUGACUUUCCUCCAUCAUCUCUCUCUCUCUCUCUCUCUGCUUUUCCAUAAUUCUCCAUCUAUCAAUCACUCUUUGUUAUCUUAUCUCCUUUUAAUUCUUCAUUCACCCCUUUCAACUGCUGAAUGCUAAAAAAGAAGAAGCACACUAUCCCCUCUUUUGUUUGUUGUUGCUUAUAGUCUCCAGAGUCCCUAGUUGGUAGCAUAUCACUGAAGGAACCUACCUUGCAGUUUUAACCGUACUGUACUGUACUGUACUAUGUUCUGUGAUGCUAUUAUGGUAAGCUAACCAAAGUGAAGUAUUUGUUCCAUCGAAUUGCCUUCUGGAAAAGAAGUUAGCUCUUAGCUGAUCCAUAUAAACAAUGAUGACUCCAAACUUGAACUUGGAACCUGAAAAUCAUUCAGAAGGUAGCAGCCAAGUGGCUUCCAAAAUAUCCUUACAAGAAGCAUCCCAUGAUCUUACUAAGGACAGCACCACCACUUCCUCCUGUCUUACAAACCUUACAAAGGCUGAAGCUGAUCCAGGUUCUAUUACCCUUGAUUUGACACUCAACUUCAAUUCCAGUGAUGAGUUGAAAGGUUCAAGUGAUGCUAGCAGUGAAGUGGGAGCUGAAGCUCAUCAUGCAGCAACUCCAAGAGUUUUCUCUUGUAAUUAUUGCAGGCGCAAGUUCUUCAGCUCACAGGCAUUGGGGGGUCACCAAAAUGCUCACAAAAGAGAGAGGACAAUGGCUAAGCGUGCAAUGAGAAUGGGGAUGUUCACUGAGAGGUACACUAGCUUGGCAUCACUACCUCUUCAUGGUUCACCUUUUCGCUCUCUUGGUAUUGAAGCUCAUGCUGCAAUGCACCGAAGACAAAUGCCAUCACUGACAACUCCUGACAUGAGAGCUGGUGCAAAAUUUGAGAAAAACCACCAUUUUGGAUCACUAGUUUACAUGGAAGAUGAUGAUAUGAGUUUCUUUUGGCCUGGAAGUUUCAGACAGGUGCACCAAGGAGCUGGUGUUGAUCUUGGAAAUGCUCAAACUAUGAAUACUAGCUUUGUUCCAAUGGCUCCUCCUCCUCCACCACAAACAUCUACAUCCCCUGAUCUCACAUUGAAGCUUUAAGAUUUGAGAAAUGAUGCAUACACAGGCAUACCCUUCACAAAAUAAUAAAUAAGUGGCUAAGAAGUGACUCAUCCUUUAAAAUUUCUCAACCACUCAUUUAUAUUUUUUGUUGGGGGGUUUAUGAGGGUUUUUGUUUGUGUAUGUGUCAUUCCUCUUAAGAUUCUUCGUAUUUGAUUUCAUUCUCUUCGGACAUGAAAUUAUUAAUUAAUAGGGCGUGCAUUGUACAGUGAGAAUGUGUAUUUGAUUUUAGCUUAUUUUAAUUUCACAUUACUAAUUGUUUCCUCUCCAUUUCGCUUCAUUAUAAAUGUUUUU